AUGGAAUCCUCGAUCCAGGUCGCGGUGCGUGUGCGCCCGCUGAAUGAAAAAGAGACUGCGCUUCUGGCGCCUGUAGAGACCUCCCAGCCAUUUGCAGGUGAUGGCGGGCUUGCGGCGUCGCCGAACAAAACGCAGAAUGCUGCGGCCGCUAUGCGUAGCAAUUAUAUCCGUACGAUAAUUUCGCCCGUGGACGAUCGCGUGCUUGUAUUUGACCCUGCGGAGUCCUCGGGGCGCACUGCAGGCUCAGGAUCAUCGCGUGCAUUUCCAAUGCAUAUGCAGUUCCACGGAAACAAUCGGCGCGCGCGCGAUGUGCGGUAUGCUUUCGACCGCGUCUUUCCCCCCCAAACGACGCAGCGUGCCGUGUAUGCCGGCACGGUUGAGCCUAUGCUUUCCGGGCUGCUGAAUGGCUACAAUGCGAGUGUGUUUGCGUAUGGAGCUACUGGUUGUGGCAAGACACAUACGAUUAGCGGCACUGCCGAGAACCCUGGCCUGAUUUUCCUGGCCAUGCAAGGGCUGUACGAGCGAAUCGAGGCUGAGCGCGACCAGUACGACGUCCAAGUCAGUCUCUCGUAUUUGGAGAUUUACAACGAGACGAUCCGGGACCUGCUUUCGCCCAACCCCACGCCCCGAGGUCCCGGCUUGGCGCUGCGCGAAGAUGCCGCGAGCAAGAUCUCGGUCGUGGGCAUCACCGAGCACGUGCCCGAGUCUCCGCAGCAAGUCUUGGAGAUGAUCACAGACGGCAAUCGGCGCCGGACGCAGAGCCCGACGGAUGCAAACGAGGUGAGCAGCCGCAGCCACGCGGUGCUGCAGCUAAAUGUCACGAGAAAACCCAAGACGGCGGGCACGGUGGAGGAAAUGUGCAGUGCGUCGCUGAACAUUAUCGACCUCGCCGGCUCGGAGCGUGCCUCGGCGACAAACAACCACGGCAUCCGCAUGAAAGAAGGCGCAAACAUCAAUCGCUCUCUGCUUGCGCUCGGCAGCUGCAUCAAUGCACUGUGCCAAACCGGCGGCGCGCGCUACGUAAAAGGCCGGCAUAUUCCCUACCGUAACAGUAAGCUCACGCGGCUGCUCAAGUUUUCGUUGGGCGGCAACUGCAAGACGGUCAUGAUUGUCUGUGUAUCUCCCUCGAGCGCCCACUAUGAGGAGACGCACAACACACUGAAGUAUGCGAACCAGGCCAAGAAUAUCCAGACCAAGGUAACGCGCAACUUACUGCACAUUGAUAGGCACGUUUCGCAGUAUGUACAGGCGAUCGCCUCGCUCCGCCAGGAAGUCGAGGAGCUCAAGAGCAAACUGGCGAAUCAAUCCAGCGCGUCUGGGACAAGUGCGGCGCACGAGGCGGUGCUUGCCGAUGCACUGCAAACAAUACAAGCGAAUGCAGACGCACUUGCGCCGUCGGUAUGCGCCGCAGCGCGCGACGCAGCGCCUGCAAAGCUCGCGGCUGCGCUAGGCCGCGUGCUGGAUACGGCGCUGCAAGGGAAAAAAGAGCAGGACGCAUCGUACGCCCCCCUCGAUGCCUUCCGCACGCUGUGCAUUGCAGCAUCCACGCCGACAGCGCCAGCGCCAGCGCUUGGCAUAAGCGACCAGCUCGAGCCGCAAAAUGUACCGUCGAUGCUCGAGACAAACGUGCACUGUGCCGCUCGAUUUCGCGCCGAGCGUGCCAAGCACGUUGCCCGCCUCGAGAUGCAGCAGCACGAAGCGGAACUGUGCGCGUGGCAAGAGUUGGUACACAAGAAUCUUGUGCAAAAACUGGUGCCGCUGCUCGGUACAUUGGCACACUUGGUGGGCACAAUGCAAGGAAUCGCCGUGCAGCUUGGCUCGCCCGACGAUGUUGCCGUGGAGCCUUUGGCGGGCGCAUUGCAAGCUGCAGCGCAAGAGGGAUCAAGCGCCAUUGAGGCGGCCGUUGGAAGGCAUGUAGCCAUCCGCGAGAGUGCUAGUGGCGCGCUACGCACACUGCCGUCGCCGAAACGUACGCGCGUGCGUGCCUUGCAGGAGCCCAUGCCUGUGCAGCGGUAUAUGCGGCUGGUGAGUCCGCGGCGCCGACCACUGCGGACGGGAAUGCAAGGGCGGCGCAGGAGUAUAGGCCCGCGGAAGUCGGACGCCCAUGCUACGCUGUGGGAGCCAGCGGAGAAAAAAGAAGCGGCCCCAACGGGAGAGAAGCAGGCCGAGCCAAGAGACGAGAAAGGGCCUCCUUCUGGCCGCGCCGAUCCCAAAGCGCCUGCACGUCUUUCUAUCCUUCCUUCGUUACGCCCGCCUGCCCCCCGUCCGUCACUUGCCGCUCGCCCUCGCCUCUCUGUGCAUCCCCACCCAGAAAGCACAUCGCGGCCCUCUUUCCGCGCGCCAAAAGACGUGCCACGCAAGCCAAAGCCAGCACAGUGCCCCUCCGAGACCGAGCGCGUGCACAGCCCCGGCUUGAAAGAGCGGAUGAUCGCGACAGCGCCUGUUAACACGUCGCCGCGCCGCGCAAGCACGGCGCCGCAAGCACCGACAGCCGCUGGGCCACGCUCCUCCCGCCGCAGCCUCUUUCAGCGGCAGUUCCUUGCGCGCCACGACGAUGCAGACCAAGGCAGUGUCGCGGACGACUCGCUUCUGCACACAGACCUGAGCGACCUAUCUGCGCAGCUACCGAGAGAAGACUGGGAAUCGAGUUUGCGCGACCUUUCCGAUUGCACGGCAGGCUCUACAAACUCUUCCGACACGCCCCAAACGCCCCCCAAUGCGCGCAGCCGCCCUUCCCACACUCACCCCUGGCCCCACCGUGCACAAGGAGCAGCGCGGAUGGCGUCGCCGCUGGCGAGUCCCCCCGUACAGUAG